UUGGGUUGGCAGCGCUCAGCGGACUAGUUCAGUGCGCUCCUCCACCCCGCCGAAGAGGUCCAUAUAUUUUUCUUCGUCGUGCUCGUUCGAUAGCGUCGUACAGGUUAAUCGUCCGAUCCAAAAUUACGCAUUCUUUCAAGAUUCAGCCUCCCCCGCAGAGUGCCCGUUUGUUAUUCUUUUUUUUUCUGACUGGAGGAACCGAUAGCAAGCUGUUCGAUUCCUCCAAAAAUGACGCGCAUAUCGAAGGACAAGAGGUCGUAUGCCAAGUUUACGGGCGUCGACGAGCACGACGAGUUUCUCAGUCGAAUUUCGAAAACCCUCUACUACACGAAAUUACCAGUGACAGAUUGCCUGAGCUUGCCUGUGACAGAAUUGGCUGCUGAGAUAUUCACUGAAGUGAAAAAUGGACAAACAUUGGAGAGACUUGAUGUCGAGGAAGCAAGUCGAAUCUCUAGAAAUGCGUGCGUUUCACCGUGCUCUCUUGUUCUGGCAUUACUGUAUCUGGAAAGAUUGAAAGUCUGUAAUCCAGAGUACUUGCAGAGAGUUGCUCCUUCUGAACUGUUUUUGGUUUCGUUGAUGGUAGCUAGCAAAUUUCUACACGAUGAUGGAGAGGAAGAUGAGGUUUUCAACACUGAAUGGGCACAAUCGGGUCAUUUGAGCGUUGCCAAAAUGAAUCGUUUGGAAAAGGACUUUCUCAAAGCCAUUAAUUGGACUGUCUAUGUUCAUAAUCAAGAUUUCUGGGAAAGGCUACAGAGGCUAGAAAAAGAUAUAGCCUACAAGGAAGCAAGAAAAAGAGGCUGGUUUUCUUACACAGAACUCAACACUUUAUUGGAUUCAAUGCACUUAGCAGCGCUACUAAAUACAAUUCUCAGUGUAUCUUCUAUAUGCAUAGCAACUUAUGCUGCAGGACUAAUUACAUUGCUAGGAUCUGCUUUGGUUGCCACUCAUCUUCCAGGAACUAUACUAAGUUCAAAUCAGCAAACUCAGUCAACUAGCAUAACAAACCUCCAGUGCACACGUUCUUCAGAUGAAAGUUCCCAAACAGAGCUUGAGGAAGAAGUCGAAGAUAUAUUAUUGAAUUUGAUAUCAGAGGUACCUGAAACUUGGAAUGAAUCUUAUUCUGAAAAGGAUGUUUUACAACAAGACAGUAGUAAUUGUACUGUCGAAGGAAAAAAAGGGUUGAAAUGGAUCGUCGAUUCAGUUACAUUUUGGCUUGCAAGUUGUUCCAAUUACAAAUCAACAAUUUGUUCAAAUUAUUGGAAUAACAAAUCUAAUGGAAAUAGUGCACAUGUUACCAAAACUGAUUUUUCAAUCGCAUCAGAUCUGCUUUCACCAUAUUCCAAUAAUGAGGCUAAAAAAAUGAGAGAAAAAUCUUUUGAUUCAAGUCUGAAAAUUUCCUCGCAAGACUGGAAAUAUUAUCUUGGCUAUCUAUCUAAAAUAUCUCACUAAGCCAUGGUAUGCAAGACAAUUUUCUUUUUGAUUGUCUGAGCCUAAAAGUAUAUAUUGAAAAAAGUUUAACUCAAAAAGAGUAAGUUACGAAUUAUUUAACUUAAUUUAUUUUUAAACUAACAAAAAAGUCUAAUUUUUACCUUCGAUCUUAAUUUUCUAAAUAAAAUUAUUUUUCAUGAUAGCUUUAAAUUUUUACGAGAGUUAAGCUAUUUUGAAUAUGACUGAAGUUUACAUUGAAUCGUCAGUUGCGCGAUAGUGAAAGAAGACAGAGUGAUUAACAAAUGAUUAAACUGUAUCAUGUACAACGUAGUAAAUUAAGCAUCAUCUCUAAAACAAAGAUAUAUUUUUUGUACUGACUUCUAUUCUGUAUUUUUGCUCCAAAAAAGCAUUUUUUCAAUAAACGUAACAAGAGUAAGUA